AUGUCAGAUAGAUGGAUAUCUCUGGUGGCUAUUGAUCCUGCCAAGGAACGAUGCGAGCUUGAUUUCUCAGCAGGACAGCGUGAUGUUGUAGCUGAUACUAAUCUAGUUUAUCUAAGACACCUUGAUGCCUGGAGUAAAAAAUGGGACAAUGGAAGAAUUGAAAUCAAAGACAAUUUACAAUUUUCUAAACUGGUUUAUGGUAGUUUAUACUAUAUCUUAAUCUCGUUGCCAUCAGAUUCGACAUAUUUACCAACUAACCAGUUCUUUGGACUUAGUCCUGGCGGUCUUGCUAAUGGUGCCAAUUUCACAGACUACCAGGGUCAUGUUUUUUGGGAUAUGGAAACUUGGAUGUACCCUGGAAUUCUCAUGCUCCAUCCCGAGUUAGCCAAGGCAAUGUUAUCAUAUCGGUUAUUCAGUAUGCCUGCUGCCCGGGAGAGAGCUGUAGCAGGGGGUUAUGACGGAAUACGAUAUCCCUGGGAAGGGGGUUCUACUGGGGCAGAGGUGACUCCCGAUAUUUGCAUACCUUGUCGAGAAAACCAACAGCAUAUCACGGGAGAUAUAGCAUUCGCUGCAAGACAAUAUGUCUCUGCUACUAGAGAUCUCCAGUGGCUACAAACUGAAAUGGGAUAUGAAUUUAUUCGAGAAAUGGCAGCGUUUUGGGUAUCAAGAGCUGAAGAAGAUUGGAAUAAUGAUACAAUGAUGUAUAAUAUCAAUGGUGUUAUGCCACCAGAUGAAUACCAGAUCAGCAUCAACAAUUCAGUAUACACCAAUAUUGGUGCCAAAUUAAGUAUCAUGUUUGCUGAAUAUGCUGCCUGUUUAGCUGGUACUGCAGAAGAUAACGCUAUGAUAGAAAAAUGGCGCCAUGUUGCUGAAAAUAUUUACGUACCCUUCAGUGAAUUUAAGAGAUAUCAUCCAGAAUUUGAAGGUUUCGAAGAUGUGACAGGGGAUAGAAAAAUAAUAAAGCAGGCUGACGCCAUAUUGACCGGUUUCCCGCAGAUGUGGUCCAUGCCAGAAGAUGUUCGAAGGAAUGAUUUAGAAUUAUAUGAAAAGAUUACCGAUCAUGGUGGACCAGCUAUGACGUGGGGAAUGUUUUCUAUUGGUUGGUUAGAACUUGGUGAUAAGAACAAAGCGCGAGAGUUCUUCCAUAAGAGUUACUCCCCUUAUGUAAGGGAACCCUUUAAGGUAUGGACAGAGGCUCAGUCUGGAAUUGGAGCGGUUAACUUUAUUACUGGAAUGGGUGGGUUCCUUCAGACUGUCCUGUUUGGUUAUGGUGGAGUACGUCUGCGCGUAGAAAAGUUAGAAUUCGAUCCGGAAAUAAUUCCUGGUACAUCUGGAAUGCGAUUAGUUGGAUUGGAUUAUCUUGGUAACUCACUGAAUAUUGACGUAUAUGAAGAAGUUAUUAAAAUUGUAAAAACAAAAGCGUCAGAACAUACUAUCGACUUGGUGACAUCUGAUAGUAAAAUCAAGUUUAUUCUACAUAGUGGUAAGAUAUUUUUAUUGAACAACGUUUAA